AUGUCCUGCUCCGCCGUGUGCGCCUCUCCCUGCGGGGUGGCCACCCCGGCCCCGCUCGCCGACUCCUGCAACGAGCCCUGCGUGCGCCAGUGCCCCGACUCCACCGUGGUCAUCCAGCCCCCGGCCUCCGUGGUCACCCUGCCCGGGCCCAUCCUCAGCUCCUUCCCGCAGUCCAGCAUCGUUGGCUCCCAGGGCGUCCCCGCCGUUGGAAGUCCCUUUGGUGGCACCUUUGGAAGCGCGGGGGCGCUGGGAGGCCGCAGGGGCUAUCUGGGCUACGGAGGCCUUGGAAGCUACGGAGGCCUUGGAAGCUACGGAGCCUUGGGGGGCUACGGGGGCUACGGCUCCUACGGGAGCUGCGGUUCUGGGGGCUGGGGCUUUGGCCACCGCUACCUCAACGGCAACUGUGGGCCCUGCUAA